AUGCUCUGCGUCGUGGUGGGGAGCUCAAAGCUCUGCCCUCAUCAGUGUUUGUGUUACAAUGCGUCUGAACUGGUGGACUGUGGAUCCCGAGGGUUCACACACGUUCCCCACAGUAUUCCACACGGCACGUGGCUCCUGGACCUCAGUGGGAAUGAUCUGUCGGAUCUGAGGAGCGGCUCCUUCACUGGGACAUGGGCUCUCCGGGUGCUCCUGCUCUCACAGAGCCACAUACAGCUGCUGCGCUCCAGGGCUCUUUCCUCUCUGACCUUCCUGGGAAAGUUGGACCUGGCUUGCAACGAGCUCCGUGUCCUUCCUCCAGAUUUCUCUCAAGGCUUGGCCGCUCUUAAAGAUCUCAAGCUUUCCCACAAUGCUCUGCAACGCCUCGAGUCCCACUCCUUGGAGGACCUAGAAAGUCUGGAGAGGUUGGAUCUCAGUCACAACCACGUUCAGGUUAUCGAAGCUGGUGCAUUUGGCGGCCUCUCCAUGCUAAAGCUCCUUAACCUCGCCUGGAAUCAGCUCACAGUCGUGCAAAGAGGCCUGCUCAGCAUGCAACAGGGUCUGGGAGUUCUUCUCUUGAACCACAACAAUAUCUCCAAGAUUGAAACCGAAGCUCUGGCCCCCUUACAAACCCUCACCAUUCUGAACUUAGAAGCCAACCAGUUGAGAAGCCUGAAGUUUAAGACGUUCUUAAACCCUCAGACGGCCAGCACACAUCUGCAGAUGUCGGAGAACCCCUGGACAUGCGACUGCGAGUUACAUCGUGUCUUUAGUAAGAUUCUCCACGUCAGGCAUCUCCAUGUGGAUGAUUACAUGAACAUCACGUGCCAUUCUCCGCUCUUGCUGUCCGGAGCGUCCCUGGGUUUGAUGCACAGUCAGCUGUGUGUGGCAGAAACGGACACUGUCCUGGUCAUUACAGGAACCGUGAUGGUCACUGUGGUGGCGGCUCUGGUCAUGGCAGAACGCAAGCAAAAUCAAAAGAUCAACCUGGAAAAAUAAGGAAAUUAUCCUAUGCCUUGGGAGUCUGGCAAAUGAAGAAAGGA